CCGCCCACCUUCCCAGAGAGGUCAAGUUACUGUUUCAGGCAUUGCAGUUAAAUGAUGUACCGAGUGCUAGAGAGAAACGGUGGACUAGCAGCCUUGAUGACUUUCAUGUUUGUGGACGUGCUGUCAAAUGCUGAAGUACUGAACUGAAAGCAAGUAGAAGACUGGCAUGUUUGUUACGAUGUUUUAAGGUUGCAUGCCCGGUUGGACUUGAUGCAUGACAUUUGCAUGACACCUAACAAGCUAGUUCUGGAUGUAUCACUGAGCAGACAUGGCCUACACAGCAAAUGCUAAUGGCAGUGCUACAGAAAAAGAGGAAGCUGUUCUAAAUGGAGAAGAUGAAAAAGAACAGAAAGAUCCCUAUUUUGUGGAAACGCCUUACGGCUACCAGCUAGACUUGGAUUUUCUGAAGUACGUGGACGAUAUACAAAAGGGGAAUACCAUUAAGAAAUUAAACAUCCAGAAGAAGAAGAAAACGGUACCGGCCCCUGCAGGCCCCAAGAACCCUGGUGGGCAGUGCAGCGGCUGGACCUCCACCGAGUCUCUCUCUUCAUCCAACAGUGAUGAGAAUAAGCAGCCGUGUGUGGCCACAAGGAGUCAAGUAGCCCCGUGUGUCGCUGCGAAACCAUCGGUUUCCUUCGAAGCAUCGCCUACCUACCUAACUAUCCCCGAGAGCAAGCAGCUUCCUCCUCCCUCCCCCCAGCUUCCCCGGCACAACCUCCAUGUGACAAAAACGCUCAUGGAAACGCGGAGACGCCUGGAGCAGGAGAGAAUGAUGCAGGUCACGCCAGGAGAGGUCCGCAGGCCCCGGCUCUCCAGCUUCGGAGGCAUGGGCUCGACAAGCUCCCUUCCCUCGUUUGUGGGAUCCGGUGGGUACAGUCACAUGUCUCAGCAGCUUCAAAAUGGGUAUCAAGGCAACGGAGACUACGGCGCCUGCUUUGGCUCCUCGCUGGGCAGUUCCAUCCGCCACAGCCCGCUGAGCUCGGGAAUAUCCACGCCGGUGACCAACGUGAGCCCGGUGCACCUGCAGCACAUCCGGGAGCAAAUGGCGAUUGCCCUGAAGCGUCUCAAGGAGCUCGAAGAGCAAGUCAAGACCAUUCCUGUGCUCCAGGUCAAGAUUUCAGUGUUACAGGAGGAGAAGAGGCACAUGAUGGCAGAGCUCAAAAGCCAAAGGAAACCCAGUCAAAAUGACAUGUAUGGCUUCAGAAAACGAUCUUACAGCGCAGGAAAUGCGGAACAGUGGGAACAUCUGUCUCAGGUCCGAAGAGGUGGAGAACUCUAUAUAGAUUGUGAGGAGGACACAGAGAGCGUGGAGCAGAGCUCUCAGAGGAUAGAGGAGUUCAGGCAGCUGACUGCUGAAAUGCAAGCACUGGAGAAAAAAAUCCAGGACAGCAACUAUGAGACUCCAGCAAAUCUUGGGGUGAACAGAGAGAGCCUAACAAAAGAGAGCAGAUCUGUUGCUGUAGGUGCUGAUGAAAACAUGAACGAUGUGGUUAUAUACAACAGAUCUUUGAGGCAAUACAGAGAAGUAGCCGUGGGAACAGAGAAAGAAACGAGAGAGUCCGGGGUUGGGGUGACAGAAGCCAUGCUUGGCUUGUCCACAGAAGUUGAGAAGGAGAUAGAGCUUCAGCAGCAGACCAUCGAAGCCCUUAAGGAGAAGAUCUAUAGACUAGAAGUUCAGCUGAAGGAAACUACCCACGACAGGGAAAUGACCAAAUUAAAACAGGAGCUGCAGGCAGCUGGAUCUAGGAAGAAAGUGGAUAAAGCCUCGAUGGCUCAGCCCCCUGUCGUCAGCAGAACAGUGGAGGCUGUGGUACAAACGAGAGACCAAAUGGUGGGCGAUCAUGUGAACGUCGCUGAUUCGUCUGUGGGGAACCACCUACAAACGAGCAGCGUCGGCACCUCCUGCAGGCCCGCGGUGCAGAGCACGGCGGUGGGCCCCGAGCUGCGCAUGAGUCAGUGGCUCGUGAAGGAGAGGGCAGAAGUGCGAGACCAGUGCACGGGGCGGUCUGUGGAGGUGUACGACAAGAAGGUGGGCGUAGAGACGAGUGUCUGUGAAACAGGCGUCAACACGGAGGAGUCCGUAGACGGCCUGAGCCUCUGCAAGACGGAGCAGGAGGUCAGAGAGGUGAGGUCGGUGGGCUGCGGGGACUGUUCAGUGGAUGUGCUCGUGUGCGCCCCGAAGGAGUGCGUGUCCCGCGAGACGGCCACGGAGGCUGUGUGCAGAGCAGAAGCCACGGUCAUGGCCGUGCCUCGUACAGCUACCCAGCAGACCAGCACGGCUGUGGAAAUGGUGAGCCAGUGCACCAGUACGGAGGCAGCCUCUCUGGCAGACUGCGGCACAAACACUGUUCUGAGCAGUUACGAUAAACAGACCAACACCGCGAGCGUGGAGACGCGGACCGUGGCGGUAGGAGACGGCAGGGUGAAGGACGUAAACGUGUCUGCUAAAACCCGUUCUGUCGGAGUGGGAACCUUGCUUUCCAGUUACCCGGGCUCUGAAAAGCCCUCUGCGAUAAAAACCAAAGACUGCGGCGUCGGGCAGAUAAACAUUAACGAGAACUAUCUGGUUGGUCUCAAGAUGAGAAGCAUUGCCUGCGGACCCCCUCCGUUGUCAGCUGUGCCGGCUGGCACCAGAAGCAUUGGAGUUGGGGGUGAGUCUGUCUGCGAAUCCGUGGGCACCCUCUUGGAAAGACCCCUGCCUCCGCCGGAGCUGAGAACUGGCCUGGACCACUAUAUCGAGCGUGUGCAGAAGCUGCUGCAGGAACAGCAGAUGCUGCUUGCGGAAAAUUACAGUGAAUUGGCAGAAGCCUUUGGAGAGCCCCACUCCCAGAUUGGAUCCCUCAAUUCUCAGCUUAUCAGCACCCUCACGUCCAUCAACUCCGUCAUGAAAUACGCCAGCACGGAGGAGCUACGGAGUCUGGACCUGCAGAAACAAUGUAUGGACAGAAGUACCACAUCAGGUGCUACUUUGGAGUACAUCCCUCACGGCCAACUUGCAAACACCCACUUGGCAUCAAAUUUGCGAACUCUGAAAUUGGAGCAGGACAUUGGGCCGGUUCAGGAAGAGAGAAAGACACCUCUGGUAGAAGCAGUUCGGGGAAGGAAAUGCUUCUCUUCUCAGGACAAAACUCUAGCUCCGAUUAAUCUAACAGAUGACCAGCUUGCUUCUGGCCUCUACGUAUGUACGAAUAAUGAAAAUACACUCAAAUCUAUCAUGAAGAAAAGGGAUGGAAAAAAGGAUUUGAACAACGCAAAGAAGAACCUACAGUUUGUUGGCAUAAAUGGCGGGUACGAGACCACGUCGAGCGACGAGUCCAGCUCCGAGGAGAGCUCCUCCUCGGACUCGGAGGAGGAGUGCGAAGGCGGCGAGUACCCCCGCGCCGGGGCGCAGCGCCAGGAGCUGGGGCCGCCCGGGCUCGGCGCCCCCCAGGUCCGCGCCGGGGAUGGCCCCCCGCCCGAGUGCGAGGCCGAGGAGGUGGAGAUCCGGGAGAGAUACGAACUAAGCGAAAAGAUGCUCUCUGCUUGUCACCUACUUAGAAACAACAUUGAUGACCCCAAGGCCUUGACCAACAAAGAUGUGAGGUUUUGUUUAAAUACCAUCCAGCAUGAGUGGUUUCGUGUCUCAAGUCAGAAGUCCGCUGUUCCUGAAAUGGUCGGAGACUACAUAACUGCUUUUGAAGAGAUUUCUCCUGCUGUCCUCAGACAUAUAAUCAAUAUGGCAGAUGGAAAUGGAAACACAGCUCUGCAUUACAGCGUCUCACAUUCUAACUUCGAAAUUGUAAAGCUCCUUUUGGAUGCAAAUGUCUGUAACGUAAAUCACCAGAACAAGGCCGGCUAUACCCCCAUCAUGCUUGCUGCGCUUGCAGCUGUGGAGGCAGAGAAGGACAUGAGGAUAGUGGAAGAGCUCUUCAGCUGUGGGGAUGUGAAUGCUAAAGCCAGCCAGGCUGGUCAGACCGCUCUGAUGCUGGCUGUGAGUCAUGGGCGGAUAGACAUGGUUAAAGCUUUGCUGGCCUGUGGUGCAGAUGUCAAUAUCCAGGACGAUGAGGGCUCUACAGCUCUGAUGUGUGCUAGUGAACACGGACAUGUAGAAAUAGUGAAACUUUUGCUGGCUCAGCCUGGGUGUAAUGGCACCCUGGAGGACAAUGAUGGCAGCACAGCACUUUCUAUAGCCCUGGAAGCUGGACAUAAGGACAUAGCAGUUCUUCUUUAUGCCCAUGUCAACUUUUCCAAAACCCAGUCACCGGGCACUCCUAGGCUGAGCAGAAAGACAUCUCCUGGUCCUACCCACAGAACCACGUUUGAGUAGUAAUGCAUGAAUAUCUGUAAAAAUCUUAAUGCCAUCUUUAAGCUGCUAAUUGUUACUGUUUUACUGAGACAGAUACUGAAUGUAAUUGUCCUGUGCCUGAACUCACCAGCAAAGUGAAAGCAGAGACCUAGUGCUAAAGAUAGAAAACUGUAAACUUGAAGCAAGCAUAUAGUUAGGUAGUAGAAGGCUAAGACCCUUAGCCAGAACUAUUCUUUUGCUCACUUACUCAUCUUUCCACACACUGGCAUAAAUACUGUUUUUCUUUGCUGUAUAUUGUCUUUUCCGAUGUCAUAUACAGUUUAAGAACUUUAAAGCUAUCCGUGGAAGGGUCCCAGUGGCAUAUUCUUAAUCAUUCUAAAACAUACUAUAUUUGCUAUGGCUAGACUUUAUCACAGUAACCUUUUUCAUAAAUUUCAUUCCAACAUGAUUUUGAUGUUUUUAAUUAUUUUGAAAUUCAGAAGUUGCAGUUGCUUAUAUAGUCAGCUCCGCGGAGCUUGAGCUGGUGGGUGGAUGGGUUAGGAAUAGAGAGCAGACCCUCUGUCAGGUCUGAAGUUCAUGAAAGCUGUUGCUUAUUGGGGAUAUUGUAUAACUUUUUAUAUUAAAGAUAAUAGUAUCUAUAAAAUUAACUCGCACAGUAUUUUCAACAUUUUAUAUUCCUUAAUAAUUAAAAACUACAUGAAGAAUUACAUGUCUUGUUACCAUAUUUUUAUUAACUGUGUCAGUCCAUAAGCUCCAUACAUGUUUAUCGGAGAAUAAAAUUAGAGGUACCAGCUAUAUAUUCCCCUUGAGUGGAAUUGAGUGUAGUUCUCGGUGCAUAUUUAUGGAAUGCUAUUACCUUGUCACAUUCACUUUAGUCAUGUGUAUUUAAAUGUUUGAAGUGCCUUAGACUCUUGCCAUAUUUUCAGAAUAAAAUUUCAUUACGCUGUUUUACUCCC